AUGCGCUCCCGCCCUCUCGACCGCAUAAAAGCCAGCGCCGUGCCGCCCAUGUGCCAUCGUUCCCGGCGAGCUUCGUCCGUCUUCUCUGCAGCCCUUCCGGGCGCGCGCACCUUCAGUCUGCCGACGAGCAUCGCUCAAGCCAUCCUACAAGCGAGCAUCCACCUCGCCCAAGACAGUGGUCUCGCAACCUCGGAGGCGCACCCAGGGGACGCCACAGCUAGUCUCACAGCAGAAGGGUUAGCGCCGCGGCGCGGAAACAGGCUCAAAGAUGAGAGCGGUGGUGACCUUGGUGAUACUCUGCGUCAUGAUUGGGUCGGUGUGGACGUUCGUGCUGCCGCACUCCUGCGGCGGUCCGCAAGAUUGCGCCCGAGACGAAUGUUGCGUUGUCGGGAUGCAGCGCUUCAGUAUUCCACACUGCAUGAAGCUGGGCCAGAUUGGAGAGACCUGCCGACCAUACAAUGCGCCUCAAAAUCGCACGUUCUGGUACCCAUACCAUGGAGGCACCCUGAAGCAGAACAGCAACACUUACACGCUGUUCUGUCCGUGUGCGGGUGGGUUGCAAUGCACAGCAGCCCAGUGCCAGCCAACUACACUGGGAAACCAUGUUGGCAAUGACCUUGCCAGCAUUUAUCAUGGAUACCAGUGAUGCCAGAGUGCCGAGUGUCGU